UUCGCUAUGACUGCAGUCAGAAAUGAAUGCCUGAUUGGCAGCCUCCAAGGAGCUCUGUUUUCUGAAACAUCACACAGAAAUGAAAUAUCAUGUAUAAAUGUGUUUGAAUUGUUUCUUGAAUUGAUUUCAGCAUGAAUAAGUUAUGCAGUCAUUUCAAAGAAAUGCUAUUAUUUCCGUUCUGUUUCUGUGGUAUUUUUUAUUUGCCUCAUGGCACAAACUAUUGUAAAACAAAGUUUCUUAAAGAAAGAUCCCAGCAAUUAGUUCACUGAUGUUAAGGAAGGGCAUAAACCUGUAAGAAUUUAGUAACUAUUUAAAGGAAACACUUUUCAUUAAGGAAAAGCUGGAAGAUUAUUAUGCUAAUAACAGUCUGGAUGGUGCUGUUCCAUGUAGAAUUCCCAUAGAUUUUACUGGAAGAUUUGUGCUAAAUAAGCACUAGUUUUAUGUAGUGGAUUGUAAAAAAAAUGAUAUGCUACCCAGCAGGAUCUUAAUCCUUCUGCAUUUACUUAGGCAAACUUUGUCUUUGGAAUGCUUUUGAAAUCUGUUCCAAUUUUCAGCAGGAGUCAUGCCUAAAUAAUAUUACUGGAUCAGCCUUCAAAAUGUAAGGGCAAGAGAAUUCAAAUGUAUUAAGACAGAUCUCUUAAUCCUGCAAUGUAGCUUGUGGGUUAGGAAAGAGGUGUAGCUUUAGCUCUCUGCUUCUUGUCUUAGCCCACGUGGACCAAUUUCUCCACUUGCUCUUGUACUGUUUUGUUUUCAGGGCAGCUCUGUGGCUCAGACCAGGCUGCUGCGAGGAUGGGGCCCCUGGAAGCAGUAGGUGAGGACAACCAGACAGAUGAAAUGAAAAUGGAGCUGUUCACUAAGCUGUACUUGACAAGAUACACCACACCACUCAACGAAUUGGCUCUGGACCCUAAACCAGAACUGAAGGACAGCACAACACUUGUUGAAGUACAGAUAAUUCUCAUCUUUGCCUACUGCUCCAUCAUCCUGCUGGGAGUGAUCGGAAACUCCCUCGUGAUCCACGUGAUCAUCAAGUUCAAGAGCAUGCGCACAGUGACUAACUUCUUCAUUGCCAACCUGGCAGUGGCUGACCUGCUGGUGAACACGCUGUGCCUGCCCUUCACUUUGGUUUAUACGCUCCUGGGCGAAUGGAAGCUGGGCCCGGUGUUGUGCCACCUGGUGCCCUAUGCCCAGGCCCUUGCUGUCCACGUGUCCACUGUCACUUUGACCGUGAUCGCUCUGGAUCGUCACCGCUGCAUCGUCUACCACUUGGAAAGCAGAAUCUCUAAGCGGAUCAGCUUCCUGAUUAUAGGAGUUGCCUGGGCAGUCAGUGCCCUGCUGGCAAGUCCUCUGGCCAUCUUCCGUGAGUACUCGUUGAUUGAGAUCAUUCCUGACUUCAAGAUUGUGGUCUGCUCUGAGAAGUGGCCAGGGGAGGGGCAGCUCAACUAUGGCACCAUCUACAGCAUCUCCAUGCUCCUGAUCCAGUACGUUCUGCCUCUGGCAGUCAUCUCCUAUGCCUACAUCCGUAUUUGGACCAAGCUCAAGAACCACGUUAGCCCCGGGGCAGGGAAUGACCACUAUCACCACCGGCGCCGGAAAACCACCAAGAUGCUGGUGUGCGUGGUUGUGGUGUUCGCUGUCAGCUGGCUGCCCUUUCACACCUUCCAGCUGGUCAGUGACAUUGACAGUCAGGUGUUAGACCUGAAAGAGUACAAACUGAUCUACACGGUGUUCCAUGUCAUUGCCAUGUGCUCCACGUUUGCUAACCCCCUCCUCUAUGGCUGGAUGAACAACAACUACAGGACGGCCUUCCUCACGGCCUUCCAGUGUGAGCAGCGGCUGGACUCCAUCCACCCCGAAGUAUCGGCAGCUUUCAAAGCCAGGAAGAAGCUAGAAGCCAAGAGGAUUCAGUUCCCUGGGGACUCUUUCACGCAACCUACUGAUGUCUAAGAUGUCUGACUGUAAAGAAGAAAUGAGUAUGUUGUGGACAAAGGGAUGAACCCAUUUUGGCUUUGAAUUGUGGCUGCUUCUGCCUGGAUAAUAAAACAGCAGAUAAUUCUGAUCCUCUGGAAAGGCUGCUAGAUGGUAAAGUGCUUUUCCUUAUUGUGGUUUUAUGUCACAUACUCAUCUCGUCUCGGAGCUUUUUCCAUCUUUAGCCUUUGUGAAAAUUAAGAACAUCUGAAUGACUGUAACCUAAUAACAGUAUGCUAUGUUUAUGUGAUAACUUAUCAGUUAUUCUGCAUGCUGUAGUUAAUAGUUAAAUUCCUUUUUUGCUCAGGUAUAAAAUUUUAAUCUGUUUACCGUGUUGUACACAGCAAUGUUCAACUCUUCUAUGUCUUUGUUAAGCCUCUUUGAACUCAUUAAAGAGAUGAAGAAAAUUUCAAUCCAUGUUUAUUCCCAGCUGCCCUCUUGCUUAUCUAGAAUAAAAACAAGUGUGAUAUUUUCACUUGAAGUCUAGUUUGAUGGCUACAUUUCAGCAGCCUCAUUUUUUCCUUGCAUUUUUUGUUGUUCCUAAAUUCAUUAUGUUCUCUCUUACAAAUUAAAACCCAAUAAAACUCGAGUGCUGAAA